AUGAGUAACAUGUCACCGUUUGGUGGUGGAAAGAACCCACCUUGGGUCAGAAAUGCUGGCCAGGGAAUUCAAAAUAUCCAGCAACAAAUUAUUGGCCAGGCGAUGGGUGGGAUGGGGGGACAACAAAUGGUACAAUAUCAACAACAAACCCAGCAGGUUUAUCAACAAAGUUUAGGUUUACAGCAGCCAAAUAUUACAAUGGCUUCAAUGGCCCAGUUAGGGUCAAACUUGCCGUCGAGUAUUGCCAGUCAAUUAUACCCUCAAGUAGCAACAGUAUCAUAUCCAACUCCUAGAUCAUUGAACACAAACGCGUUUCAACAAUCAGUCACUGGAGUGUCUGCUCAGCAGGUCCAGCAAAAUGUAUCCUCUCCGUCUACAAAACAACGAGUUUUUACUGGAACAGUUACCAAAGUCCACGACAAUUUUGGUUUCGUCGAUGAAGAUGUAUUCUUCCAGACAAACGCAUGUGUGAAGGGUUCAAACCCUGUGGUAGGCGAUCGCGUGCUUGUAGAAGCUUCCUACAAUCCAUCGAUGCCGUUCAAGUGGAAUGCAACGCGAAUUCAAGUACUGCCAAUGGGUAAUAGCAAUAAUAGUGCUGGUAAUCAGCCGUCUGGACAGCAGAUAAAUCGCCAGCAGCAGCCAAGUAGACAAUCUGGCGGGUAUAAUGCUGUGCCACCUCCUAAUGACAAUAGUAAUAAUAGUAGUAGAUUUGUAAGUAAUAAUCCAACAAAUAACCCUCCAAGUAAUCGGAGCAAAGUUUCAAGAGUAAGAGAAAGAUCUCUACCUCGAGAUCGUCGUAACGACGAUGAAGAAAUUGAGCGGAAGCGUCGUCGAGAGGACAGAAUCAGGGAGCGAGAAAAAAAAGAGGAACGUAGUCCAUCUAGGGCACGCCGCAGCAAAUCACCCCGACCACGUCGACGCACCCGAGUUGUACCGCGCUACAUGGUACAGAUACCAAAGAUUGCACUUGAUUUAUGUUUAACUGAAGACCGCGACCCGGACCGCGACUACGUUCAUCCUACCCGACUAAUAAACUUUCUCGUAGGCCUGCGAGGCAAAAACGAGACGAUGGCGAUCGGCGGGCCCUGGAGUCCUUCCUUGGACGGCCCAAACCCCGAGAAAGAUCCCUCCGUCCUCAUUAAGACCGCCGUCAGAACUUGCAAAGCGCUUACGGGCAUAGAUUUGUCUCACUGCACCCAAUGGUACCGCUUCCUGGAGCUCUACUACAGGCGCGCUGAGACGACCCACAAGUCUGGCCGAGUGGUGCCUAGUCGUGUUGAAACGGUGAUACUAUUUCUCCCAGAUGUUUGGAGCUGUGUGCCUACCAAGCUGGAGUGGGAUGGCCUGCAUCUCAGCUAUAAGAAACAACUGGAGCGUAAGCUGCUGCGUGGCGCAUCUAGUCCCGACGAUGCCAUCCUCAUGAUCGAUGCCACCAAUGACGCCAAUGAUGAGGCUGCCGAUGACAUCGCUACUGAGAAGAAAGAUCCUACGCAUUACUCUGAGCUGGAUCCUAAGUCCAUGAAUGUUAAUGAAUUGCGCCAAGAAUUGGCAGCGAGAAAUUUAAACUCUAAAGGACUCAAGUCGCAAUUACAGGCAAGACUUGUUAAGGCUGUUAAAUCUGAACAGGCUAAAGAAGAAGGAAGGCAGGAUGAAGUUGAAGAAGAGGAGGAAGUUGCUGCUUCUAAAGAUGAUAUUAAAGAAAUCAAGGAGAUUAAGGAUGGUAAAGAAAUUAAGGAUCCUAAAGAAGAUAAAAAAAGCAAAGAGUAUGAUGAAGACAAGAAAAAAAAUAUAGAACGUGAACGUGCAUUAUUGGAAAAACGUUAUACAUUACCAGAAGCCUCAAACAUUAUUGUCCAUCCAUCUAAGACAGCUAAGAGUGGUAAAUUUGACUGCACUGUUAUGUCACUUAGUGUUUUAUUAGAUUAUCGUCCAGAGGAUACUAAGGAACAUUCAUUUGAAGUAUCAUUAUUCGCUGAACUAUUUAACGAAAUGUUGAUGCGAGAUUACGGCUUCCGUAUCUACCGAAGCCUGUGUAGUCUUCCGGAGAAGACCAAGGAGAAAGAGGAGGACAAGAAGAAGGAUAAGAAGGACGAUAAGCGUGAUGACAAAAAAGAUGAUAAGGAAAAACGGAAAGAUGAUGAAAAGAAGAGUAGUAAGAAGGAUGACAAAAAACGGGAGAAUAGUAAAGACAAAAAGGAUGAUAAGGAUGGUAAAGGUAAAAGCGAUGAUAAAGAACGAGACAAGGAUGACGAUGAAGAGUUCGAAGAUGAAGAGACUGAGGAUGAUGAUAAUUCAGUAAAAGACGGAAAACGUGAUAAAGAAAAAGACUCAAAGAAGAAAAAAGUAAAAUUGUAUACAUACGAUCCAUAUUUAUUGUUAUCGUUUGUAUACUUUGAUCAGACGCACUGCGGUUAUAUUUUUGAUAAAGAUAUUGAAGAACUUAUUUACACACUGGGAUUGAAUUUAUCUCGCGCUCAAGUUAGAAAGCUCGUCCAAAAAGUUGUCACGCGUGAUUCUCUUCACUAUCGCAAGCUCACUGACAAAGCUCGCGAGGAGGAUUCAAAGGAGGCAAAGAAAGACGAAGACGGAUUGGAGAAAUCUGACGGGUCUGUCAAGGGCGACGAGGAUGAAGAAACUCUUAAAUCUCUAGCUCUAGGUAAUAAAAAGUUACUGCCAGUAUUCGUUGGCAGUGGACCACCGUCAAAGCGAGCUCGUCGUGAAAACAGCUCCGACUCCCAGAACACAGAGUCUGUACCCGAAGGCUUUGUUAUGUUCAAGGGGUCGUUGCUGGAUUUGGAGAAGUUGGACAGCAAAUCCAAGAACGACUCCCGGUGGAGCGACAGCAAGAGCUCCAUAAAAAAAGAGCCCGAGGACAAGGACAAAGACAAAGACAAAGACAAAGACAGUAGCAGCAGUAAGAAACACGAGAGCAAAAAGGAGUUAGGUAUUAAAAAAGAAACGACUGAUACUGAUAAAGAUAAAGAUAAAAAAAAUUAA